CACAGAUAACAUCGGUCCUGUGCUGGAUUCGGUCGCAGCAGCGGAACUCAUCGCGAAUUCUGAAACGACUAGGUGGAACGCGCUAAACUUUGGUGGAAAUUACGGAUUUCAGCUUUUCCGAGUCUUGCUGUCGAUAGACUUAGACUUAUCUAAGUUCAAUCGAAGGACUGCAGGAUCUAUUUUCAUUGAAGACAAACGUGGUGUUGAAUCCAAUGCAAUAAAGCAUACAUUUGACUACUAAGCAAACCCACCAGUAUGGACAGAAGAUUUAUUAGAAAGUGCUAUUCCAUGUUAUUCUGAUACAACAUUAGGCCCCAAGAAAGUGUUGAGUGCUCUCGGAACGAGGAAAAGUUGUAGUUGAUAUAAUUUUGACAACUGUGUGUAAACUGCUUGUGGAAACAAGCAGUGCCCAACAAACUCACGCAAGUGAAUCGUUUACACUGGAUAUAUCAUUUACAGAACGACGGUAGAACGUGGAACUAUGAAUCAUCUCCCCGGAUCGUCCCCGCGGUCACCGGCACCGUCUCCUGAUCCGGAUGUGGAUGAUGGGAGCUCCAAAAAACAAGCCACCAGGGUAUUCAAAAAGAGCUCCUCCAACGGUAAAAUAACAGUCUAUCUGGGCAAGCGAGACUUUGUGGAUCAUAUAACGCACGUUGAUCCUAUAGAUGGCGUCGUACUGAUAGACCCCGAUUACGUGAAAGACCGUAAAGUUUUCGGCCACGUACUGGCCGCAUUUCGAUAUGGACGCGAGGAUUUGGACGUGCUGGGGCUUACAUUCAGGAAAGAUCUGUAUCUGGCCUCCGAACAGAUCUUUCCGCAACUUGAAACAGACCGACCUCUGACCCGCCUACAGGAACGGUUAAUCCGAAAACUCGGACCAAAUGCCUUCCCAUUCUACUUCGAAGUGCCACCUCACUGUCCUGCCUCGGUUUCACUUCAACCGGCACCCGGUGACACCGGAAAACCGUGCGGUGUGGACUACGAACUGAAGGCUUUCGUGGGCGAAACACCCGAAGAUAAGCCUCACAAGCGAAACUCGGUGCGAUUAGCAAUUAGGAAAAUUAUGUACGCACCAUCCAAACUGGGUGAGCAACCAUCGAUCGAAGUCAGCAAGGAGUACAUACUGAAACCAAAUAAAAUCCACCUAGAAGCGAGUUUGGACAAAGAGCUUUACCAUCAUGGCGAGAGUCUAUCGGUAAAUGUACAUAUAGCGAAUAACUCGAGUAAAACGGUGAAAAAAAUCAAAGUCUCCGUGCGACAAUUUGCCGACAUUUGUCUCUUCUCCACGGCGCAGUACAAGUGCACGGUUGCAGAGGUUGAAUCAGAGGACGGAUGUCAAGUGGCGCCCGGUUUCACACUUUCCAAAGUGUUUACACUGACUCCACUGUUGGCCAACAACAAAGACAAGUGGGGCUUGGCCCUGGACGGGCAGCUGAAGCAUGAGGACACCAAUCUGGCCUCAAGCACGUUGUCUCGCAACAUGGUUGAUGGAAAAUAUAGAAUUGCCGAUCCAUCGCAACGGGAGAAUCUGGGCAUCAUCGUGCAGUACAAAGUCAAGGUUAAGCUGUGCAUUACGCCACUAGGAGGUGAUUUAGUGGCCGAACUACCGUUCAUCUUAAUGCAUCCGAAACCGGAAGACGACGAACCGGUGAUAGGAGAACGAUCUCCGAACCGAACGAUAAACAGUGCUGCUGAUGGAAGUGGCAAACACCUGACGGCCGGAACAGGUGCCACCGGAGGAGACCAAAACAGUAAGAACGGCACCAAUCACAGCGGGUCCGGUACGUCGAAAGAGGACGGUCCCAAUUUAAUACAGUUAGAUGGCGACGAACCCUGCCCCGACGACGACAUAAUAUUCGAGGACUUUGCCCGGUUACGUUUGAAAGGAGCUGAAACGGAAGCUUAAUAGAGCAACGCCACAUCCUUAGCUCACGUGUGGGUGUGUGUCCGUAUGUGUACGUACUAGUUUUGUGCAGUUACAUGAGGUAGCUAAAUGAGCGCGCGUGAGUUCUGUAUCAGCGAGUGUAUGCACCGACACAAUGAAGUUCACAGUCGAGUUCCAACAUUUUGCCAAAAUAACCAUAUGCGGACAACGUCAGCACACUGCAGCAUCUAUUUUAUAGCAUCAAAACACGUAGUGUUGCGAGCACUUGCACUACCCAAAGCCGAAGCGGAACCAUUUUCUAUUGAACCAAAUGGCGGAUGGCUUCAUUCUGUUCUAGUAGCACCAUCCCUGUGUAAGUAGAGUCGGAAAAUUGGUGGAGAGAUGAAGUGUAGAUUGGGCCUUAGAAGAAUAGAGCACUGAUUUGUGAAGUUGUGUUUAGACAGGAAUCGAUGGUCCUUGCUAUGUUUCAUGCAGUGAAAAACAAACAGAAAAGAAACGACCGACAGAAACUCUUGAUAACUGUGUAAGAAAAUAGAGAAUGGACAUGCUUUUGUAAAGUAAUAAAAUUUAAAGGCGAUGAAGAAUUCGAAUUGUUUAUAUACAAAAAAAGUGAAUGAAACCGUUGAAAGUAGUGUAAGGAAAAUAACUUGUAAACUGCGAACGAGCUAAUUUUUAACACAAUUUUAAAGGAAUUUACGCAAAACAAUAACAUGAAAGCAUUUAUCAGGCAUACAAGUGUUCGCUGUUCCCAACUAUAGUCACAAUCGUUUUCAGUUAGCCAGCAGUGAAAUGAAAAUAUACAUAUUAGGUAUGCCGCAUUUUUUCCGAUAAACUGUACCGUAGGAAGUAAGCAUUUAUAACAACAUUUCUUAAUUUAUUACUGUUACUUUGUCUGUUUGAAAAAAUAUUCCUGUUUUAGUCUAGCUUUUAUUUAUUAUCCUAAGCCUGCAUUACGGAGAAACCGAAGAUUUCUAAUAUAUAUAUAUGUACAUGAAUCGAUACAUCCCACGUAGCUCGGUCAAGAGACUCGUCAAGAGCCGGACAGAUUCUGUGUCGACUAUUUUUAGUGUAUUAUUUCUUAAACUUUGCUAAACGUAACUCAGUUUGCUAGGAAAUCACCUGAAACCUACGGUAAUUGCCAAGCAAUCUUUACUUUUCUUUCUGUACAUCAAUUUGUUCAUCUCUGUGUGAAGUACCGGAACAAUUAAAUACUGCACCCACUAUGUUUAUAGAUUGGUUGACUGUUAGAUGUUUAUAAUGUAAGGAUGCUGGAAAAAAAUAAUGAUUUUAACCUUUCGAAAAGUUUCUACACUCAGCAUUUUCCACUUACCGUGGCGGAAACUAGCAUGGUCUAGAUUGUACUUCUACUUGUUUUAGAACAAAAAAAGUUGCUUACAUAAAUGCAUCGUGGUACUGGUGGUAAACCAGCACAACAAAUGUUGGUAAUGUUGGCGCUGUUCAAAGAGGCCAGUACCAACUACCGUACUGUAUUUUUACUCGUAGGAUAAUUUAUCCCGUAUCACUUAGGUCGUUUUGUCUAAUUAUAAACUAAUGGCAGUGAACUGUUAAUUGCAAAUGUAUACAGUUCACAGCGAAAAAUAGAGAGGUAGGGUAGAAUGUUGAAAACCCACUAAAUGCUGCGACUGGGUGCGUAAAAACAAAUUCCGGCGCUUCUUUUCCUGAUUUUAAUCAAUAAAUCUUCCAUAUGGUUGAAAAAUAUACCAAUCAUCAGUUCAUUCUGCUUAGAAUUGCAAUUCAAGAAAAGCGAAAAUCUUAGUCUAAAACUCUUCCGUUUUCCUUUAAACUGCUCGAGAAAAAUUACUUCAGUUUCAGCUUACUUCUACAAACACAUUUGAUUAGCGACAAACACAUUCCUACAUGGAUUUCCUCUUGCAGAAAUUAUUGCGAUGUAAAGAUUUACGUACCUUCUAUGAGUAAACCCGCAAAAUAGGAACCUUUAAUUUAACACGCAAAAGACAUUGGAUAUGGAAUGUUGUCGUAAAACUAUUUAUUUUUCCGGAAAAAUGCUUUUGUAACAGAAAAUAUUUAGUUUUGUUUAUUUUGUGUAGUGUAAUCACAGACUAACAGACAGGACACUCAAAUUAGAUUCUUCAAUCAUUUUAACGGUCAUUUCGAAUAUUCCUUUAUUUGGGACAGUACUCACAUGUGUCAUGAUGGCGCCACGUUACCCUAUCAAAAACAUCCUGUCUGUCAUCUAUACUGUGUUUAUUUUUUUCAUUUACCAACAGAGUUGCCAUUCAUGCAGAAUUACCUGUAAUGUAUUGAUUUGUAUACGUCCAUGCGAAUUUCAUGCAGGAUACAGAUUUAAUACAUAUUGCCAAAACUAUAUACAUAAUUGUGCCUACUUCUCAUCCUCCAACGCAAUACAAAAUCGAACCCGUUUUGUUACAAUAUUUACUUGCUUCUGGUCUGCCGCCACUUAAUUUCGGGCGAAAACUACCAACACAUUAAAAAAUAGUCUAGAUGAACAACGUUGAGUCAAAUAAAUGGUUACCUUCCAACAUCGCGAAAAAUAAAUAUAUUAUCAACGUAAUCCAAUAAUUUAUUGUGACGAUUCAUUUUCAAAAAUUUUGAUGAAAUCAGGCAUCCCUGCAAGCAGCUGAUCGGUGUUGACAAACGAGGGGAAACCAACUAGUAAAAAAAAUUUUACGUAACACAAGGGGUGUACCGAUAGUAAAUAGUUCGCGCAGUACAAUAUAGGUGGAACUAGUGCAUUACGAAAAAUUAUUUUUAUAAGAAUUUACUCAUACUGUCAUGUCUGUUAGUCUGUGGUGUAAUCUAAUACAAAUGCAUUGAAGCAGUGUUGCUACCAUUUUUUUAAUUAUUGAAUUAAAAUCUACAUUCAUAAAAUGUAAGCAAUUUUCCAUCAUACGUUGGCGAAAAAUUAAUCAAAACUGAUAUUUCAUCCAAAAAGUCCGGCUUAACAUUCAUUUGACAAUAAAUUUUUGCUAAAAAAGAUUGUUUGAAACUCAAUCGUGCGAGCCACUUUGAUAAACUGGUUUCACUGUAUAUAUGAAUACAUAGAUCUAUGACAUACGUACCAUAUAAAAUGUACGUAAUACACAAAUAACCAACACAAGUUAACUUGGUUUACUCUUGAUCCUUAACACAAUCACCCCGAUUCUGCAAUCCGACGAAUUUGUGAUACGAACGAACCUACACUUUCCAAUUUGGCAAAUCAUAGUCGCCUGUAUCUUAGUUAGCCGAGCGUUUUCAUCUAUUCACCUUCGCUGAAAAUGUCAAAGAUUUUGAUGUGGAAAAAUCCUGGGGGAUACGGUUGUAUUGUUUGAGAUGUAUGUCUGUCAGCGGCGAGGCAGUCGGUUACCAGAAUGGCUGCCAGCCAUAUUUUGACCGCUGGUAGGGUUCAGUCAGCCGUCUAGCAGCCAUGCGUAUGCGGGUAUGAUUCGAACGACUCUCGUUCGGAAACACUUGAAAUUUCGAACACUAAACAUUAAAGCUGUCAACACUACUUACACGUUCUAUAUUAUUUAUAUUACUCAUUUCUUAGUAAACGAAACCGUCACACUUGUAUAAACAAAUUAGAACGAUUCUAAACCGAACAGAAGUAAUACGUUCGCAAGUCGAUCGAGUAACGUUCGAAAGUUGAACAACUCGAACGAAUGAUAUUCGAGUUCUUACCCAACUCGAACGGAAUGCAGAAUGGAACUGCACAUUGGAUCGGAAUAUUUCGAAUCGAUCGACGUACAGAAUAGGGGUGAUAAUUUUGAAUUUGGAAAAUGUUAUCGUAUUCGAUGAAUCAUUUUUUUUCUCACUUUUUUCAUCAUCAGGCAUGUAUGGACCAUGCACCCACUAAAAGAAAUGCUCUAAAAGACCGGAAAACAUCCUGUAAAGAUCCACAGAUGUUUUUCAGAGAUAGGACUGAUACUCGUUCGACUUGCGUACGUAUUACUUCUGUUCGGUUUAGAAUCGUUCUAAUUUGUCUUGCUCACAAACUGCUUCGACUUUUGCAUAUAUUUUUCAGUAACCGUUUGAUUCAUUUCAGAACUUUCAAGGUGCGAGCACAAAAAAACGGCUACAUUUACAUUUAUUGUCUUCGAUUAGACUAAAAAUUUUCGUACAGGUUUAUCUUUAACAUUACCCACUCGUCGUUUUCCUUUUCUCAACACUUCCCACAUUAUCGAAAUGACGGAAUGCGUAAUGAAUUCUUACUCGACUGCAUGAUUUUUCAGUGCUCGAUCGGUUCAGUGCUAGAAUUUUCGUCUGAGUUGGCAGCUCGAUCAACCUGAUUGACAGUGACAUUAUAAAUGUCAUUGAAUAUUUGCUCAUUUUAUGAAUGUGUUAGUGUGAAAUUUAAGCGACUUAAGCCAUUUCACUACACUCCAGCUAGAGGAAUGGAUGAUGCUGACUAAGGUAGGCCGUUUUGUUAAUUUCCAGCGAAUUUCAAUAGUUUAUUUUGGGAUUCUAAGAAGAACUGGUUAUUUACUAGUUCUGUAUAUCCGAAAAACAUGAAGUUUUAAAUUUGUAUAUUCAGUUAUAUAAUGUUUUCGUUUAAAAAUAAACUGAAAAUCAGCACGAAAACGUGCAAAAUCAGGAAAGAAGAAGAAGAAGACGAAUUGACAAUUCAGUCCGCAUCUUCUCACUCAAUUCCGAAUGAUUUCCGAAUCAACCGGUUGUAGGCGAACCGGUUCAUUCGGAAUCGGUUGUUGCACUGGAGUUGGAAUUGAUUCGGAAUUCAUUAUGAUUUCCACAUGAAAUUCCGAAUGAAAAUUUCUCGCCGAUUCGGAAUUGAUUCGGAAUCCAUUCGGAUCUGAUAAUGUGGGUUGCCGCUCCCCACACUUUGAACCGAUUGAAAAAUUGACACCAGAACUGAAAACCAUUCCGGAAAGUGACUAGAUUCUUAAAGAAUGGCAGAAGCGUUGGCAUAUGCUAAUUGCACUGUUUCAAAAUAAUGUUAUUUCGGAAGCGAUGAAAAUCAAUUUGGAUUAUUGAUUUAAGUUUGAAAUUUUGCUCAAUAAUAUUUGUUUUUCCUUUGGGAUAUUUAAUACUAAAAUGUGGCCCUUAUUCUGCAAGUUGAAUGAGGUGAGAUGGCAGUAGUAUCACGCACAGUGAAGUAAUUGCUGUAGUGAAACAAAAACAUAUUUUUCCAACAAAAUUUUGGGGAUGUGAUGUUCAUAAUAACAACAAGCUCUUCUAAUUAAUUACUGUUUUCUCUGAAGCGACUUUCACGGUGAAGAUCUACAUUCACUUCACUUGAAUUUCACCGUGAAGUGAUACCGAGGGCCACAGUAGAAAUGGGCAAUUCAUUCGCGAACGGUUCAAAAGAACUAGUUCUUGUGAAAGAAUGAAUGAUCAAUAGUUCUUUUUUCGAGAACGGUGGUUCUCUAAUAAGAAAGCUACAUCACGGAAGGAUCGUAGCACUAGCCAUGCAAUGAUUCUAUACGCUAUGAAUGGGCUGCUAAGUCUGUUGAAACAGAAAGGCCGAAUUCCACAAAAGGAAUGUAAUGUUAGGACUUUGCUUUGCUUUGCUUGAGAUCUCGCUUAACCUUACAAAACUAAGUUCUCGUUUAGUAUUUAGUUUAGAACGAACGAACGGCUCUGUGGAGAACUACAGUAUUGAACGGUUCUUUGAAAUGAACUGUUUUGCCCAUCUCGACUGUGUAGUGUCAGUAUUCAUCAGAAGCUUCGAGAAUCGCUAAUGACAGACAACGAUUCACAAUGGUUUUUACCUAUUAGUGUUCGUGUGACUGACUAAUGUAAUGGCAUUCCAAAUUUGUUUGGAGAAUUCACCAUUACUGCCCAUACACGUUCAUUAAAAAUGACAUUACUCUUUAGUAAUGAAACUUUUAAUUAUUGUGUAAGAGCCGCUUAUAGUAGUGAUCGAAUGUUUGUGCAAUGAAAAAUGUCUUUGUCUUAUGAGAAUAGAUUGAAAUUGGAAUGUACCACGCAACAUUAGUCGAGCGGAGAUUUCUCCGACUUAGGGCGUUAUUGUUGACGGAAAACCUAUCCACGUUGAUCCAACUGAAGUUCUGCUUCACUACCUAUCAAAUUAAAAUAAAGUCAAUCGGUAGUGAUAAACUACUCAAGUGGGUUCGCCUUCAGUUGUUCCGUCAUGAAAUAGAAACUUGACGUUCAUUCCGUUAUGCCCCGUUCACACUUCUGCUGGCUGCCAGCAUGCUGGUGUCAGUGUACUACCCUCUUAGGAAAAAACGUUCAACUAUGGUCCAAUGAUUCAAAGUAUUAGACCAACGGAGGACCACCGUUGAACGUUUUUUUCCUCAGAGGGAAGUACACUGACACCAGCAUGCUGGCAGCCAGCAGAAGUGUAAACGGGGCAUUAGAGAUGAGUUAGUUAUCGGUAACAACAAAAAUCCUUACUUGUUUUGAGAAUUUUACACUUACAUUAGUUUUACACCACGGUCAAACUACAUGAAUAUUCAACCCAGUAGGCCAAUAUUGAAUGUGUUUAUUUUGGCUAGCUCAUCGUCCGUGUCCAAACUAAAGUUUGAUGGAACCACCUUUUAAUAGUGCAAGCAACAUUUGAAUGUCUAAACGUUAUUGUUAUUGGCAAACGCAAACCAAAUCUACAUGUCCGAAUUUUAUAUAAAAAAAUGAACUUAUACAAAUAAAAUGAAAAAUUAGCUUGUGGAUUUGAAAUAUUUCUCAUUCAUUUUUUCAUUACACGAUAAGUUGGAUUAAAAAUUCAAGAAAACUAAUCUGUGAAUAAAUGGCGCUCCCAUUUUUUUUGUACGAAGACGCGUAGUUAUCCUGCCUACAAAUUUUUAAUAAUCAUUCACCGAACAUUAGUACACUGAAUCAAAACAAAUGUAGUAAAUAGAACCAUCGAAUUUAUUCAUAGUGUAAAUAAACAAAAACAGAAGCACUAGCCGUCUCCUUUCCUUGCUAUAAUCUGUAACUAGUUCAUGACUGUGUAAACGACAAAUUUAUCCAAAUUCAGACUUCAAAUCCAGCUGACAGAAUGUCUGUCGAGUCUGACAGCGAUUAAGGUAAUCUUUGGAUGUUGUUCAGUAAAAAAAAACUUCGCGUCAGUCAGUCAAUGAAACCCAAACUUUCUCCUUCUACUUUUCUAAAUAUUCCACUGGAGCGCUGAACGAUUCAGGAAUGACAGAUGAAAAUUAAGUAGUAAUGGCAAAGUAUUAGGUGUUAGAUCACUCGGAGUACGACGAACCAUUUAUACAGCUUAGUGGAAUACAAAACAGUAAAACUUUGAAUCACAACCAGGUGUGAGUGUAAGGCAGUAGACGAGGUUACACGAAAAGGAGAACGAUGCAUCAGUGCAUCCACAAGACACAAAACGUACACAGAAACAGCAUAGAAAAGCAUAAAUGUAUUAACUGACUGUAAGAUGUAUAUUAUAGUUAAAUUAAAAUUAAAUUUAAAUAAAAACAAUUGAUGAGAGAUCGGAAUAUAUUCAAUGAGGAUUGAGGCAUGGCAAAUUGUGUAGUCGAUAUUGUAGUAUGCUCAGUCGCCUGACGGAUAAUUUGUAGACGAAGGAAAGCCGGGUGGGCGAUAGGCAGUGAGUGGCGACGGAACAGAACAGUAAAUAAAGUUAUUAAACUGAAACAGAAAUGAAAAUAAGUUAUUGUACUAUUAUGACUAAGUGAUUGCUAUAUAUGAUUUUAUACUAUUAUAAUGAAUAUGAAAACAAAGGAUUUAAACAAACUGGAAAAUGGAAUUCGCAGUUUAUAAAAAUAUAAUUUGGUGUACAAA